AUGGGUUCUAGGAAAGCCUUUCUCUUCUCUCCUUUCCUGUGGAGUCAAACUAGAGGAGUAAGGUUGAUGUUCCUGUUACUAACCCUGCAUUUGGGAAACUGCGUUGAUAAAGCAGAUGAUGAAGAUGAUGAAGAUUUAACUAUGAAUAAAACAUGGGUCUUGGCACCAAAAAUUCAUGAAGGAGAUAUCACACAAAUUCUGAAUUCAUUACUUCAAGGAUAUGAUAACAAACUUCGUCCAGACAUAGGAGUGAGGCCCACAGUAAUUGAAACUGAUGUUUAUGUGAACAGUAUUGGACCAGUUGAUCCUAUAAACAUGGAGUACACAAUAGAUAUAAUUUUUGCCCAAACCUGGUUUGACAGCCGCUUAAAGUUCAAUAGCACCAUGAAAGUGCUGAUGCUUAACAGCAACAUGGUGGGAAAAAUUUGGAUUCCUGACACUUUCUUCAGGAACUCAAGAAAAUCUGAUGCACAUUGGAUAACAACACCUAAUCGACUGCUGCGGAUUUGGAGUGAUGGAAGAGUUCUAUACACUCUACGAUUAACAAUUAAUGCAGAGUGCUAUCUUCAACUUCAUAACUUUCCAAUGGAUGAGCAUUCCUGUCCACUGGAAUUUUCAAGCUAUGGAUACCCUAAAAAUGAAAUUGAGUAUAAGUGGAAAAAACCCUCUGUGGAAGUAGCUGAUCCUAAGUACUGGAGAUUAUAUCAGUUUGCAUUUGUAGGAUUACGAAAUUCCACUGAAAUCUCCCACACGAUCUCUGGAGAUUAUAUUAUCAUGACAAUUUUUUUUGACCUGAGCAGACGGAUGGGAUAUUUUACGAUUCAGACCUACAUUCCAUGCAUUCUAACAGUUGUUCUUUCUUGGGUUUCUUUUUGGAUCAAUAAAGAUGCAGUACCUGCCAGAACAUCACUGGGUAUCACAACGGUUUUGACUAUGACAACCCUCAGUACAAUUGCAAGGAAAUCUUUACCUAAGGUUUCUUAUGUAACAGCAAUGGAUCUCUUUGUGUCUGUUUGUUUUAUUUUUGUGUUUGCAGCACUGAUGGAAUAUGGAACCUUGCAUUAUUUUACUAGCAAUAAUAAAGGAAAAACCACCAGGCACAGGAAGCAUAAAAACAGGACUCAGGUAUCCCCAGGCCUCCAUGCUGGAUCCACCUUGAUUCCCAUGAACAGCAUUUCUCUGCCUCAAGGGGAAGAUGAUUAUGGCUACCAGUGUUUGGAGGGCAAAGAUUGUGCUAGCUUUUUCUGCUGCUUCGAAGACUGCAGGACAGGGUCCUGGAGGGAAGGACGGAUACACAUACGCAUAGCCAAAAUUGAUUCCUACUCGAGAAUCUUUUUCCCAACAGCUUUUGCAUUGUUCAACCUUGUUUACUGGGUUGGAUAUCUUUAUUUAUAA